AAUACCCCGCUCGAGAAUGACGGAGUUUUCCUUGAAUAUUCAAAAGCACAUAAAGACGGGUCUUGUUGUGAGCGGGAAAUUCGACGGGUCUCACGCGUGUCUCGCGGCUGCCACACCGGGUGGAACAAUUCUGGUGCACAGUCCGCACAGACAGCCGCAGAUCGAUUUCUCCGAUCACAAACAAUCCAGCAAACGGCUGUUGUGGAGCGGAGAACUUGCGGAACUUCAAAUUGGUACGGAGGUUAAAUCAUUAUGCACUGGUCGCCUUGGAGAAGACGAGAGAGAUACACUUCUGAUCGGUACUAUCUCUCACGUACUCGCUUAUCAUGUCGAGGACAACGCCGAUGUCUUUUACAAAGAGAUGUCGGAUAGUGCGAACUGUAUGAUCGUUGCGAAAGUUGGUUGGCUACCGAAUCAGGUGGUGAUAGUGGGUGGCAACAGCUCGGUAACAAUUUUGGACCCGCAAGGUGCAGAAAUAUUUUGGAUGGUGAUGGGAGGUAUCGUCACUUCUCUGGCGGUGCUCGAUUUCGACGGAGACGGAGAAAAUGAGUUACUGGUUGGCACAACGGACUUUGAAAUCAGAGUGCAAAAACAAGACGCUAUGCUAUGGGAAACCAAAGAAACAGCGGCGAUAGUCGCUCUCAUUGAUCUGUCCAACAGACAGUUCGCUUACGCCGUCGAAAAUGGAACGAUCGGUGUUUACGAGGCGGGACAGAGACUCUGGCGAGUUAAAUCGAAGCACAAGGUGGCGUCUAUAGAAAUUUUCGACAUCAACGGCGACGGUGUGUCGGAGCUGAUUACCGGUUGGAGCAACGGAAAGGUGGACGCAAGGAUACAAAACACCGGCGAGGUCAUGUUCAAGAUUCAGUUGUCUUCUGGCGUAGCGGGAAUAGUAGAAGCUGACUAUCGGAGGACAGGCAAGCCUGACUUAGUGGUGGUUUCCGUCCACGGCGAAGUUCGUGGAUAUAGUUCCGGUUCCGCGAUGCAAGCUCCGGAGCCUGGAGAGAUGAUGCGCGAAUUGCUAGCUAAGAAGCAGGCGCUUCAAAUAGAACUGCGUCAAAGAGCCGCGACAGGAUCCAGCAUGUAUUACGGAUCGAGAUUGGCCAUCAGUUUGUUAACGAAGAGAGGCGCGGCUCGCGUCGCACUUGCUGCCGGACCCGGAUUUUUGGUGUACUGCGCCAUAGUUUUCGCCGAGGGUGUUUUUGAAGGCGAGACCCUGGUUACGCAUCCCAGUCAUCCGCAGGGAGAAUUAGAGAUCGCGCUUUAUCCGGCCAAGAACGAUCCCGUGGAUAUACACGUGAAAGUCUACGUGGGGCCUCCCAACACCGAUUUGUUGCAGGUGUUCGAAAUAACGCGGCAGCUGCCGAGAUUCUGUAUGUACGAGCUCGUACCUAAGCCGCAGCAAAUUCCCGAGGAAUUGUCAAGCAAAGGUGUUGUAGCGGAUGUCGCGGAGAGGCCGCAGCGCAUAGCGAUUUGGUUGAACCAAAGUCUGAUUCUGGGGGAAGAAUUAGAGGUCGCGGAAAACGGACCAGACGCCGGAAACAUCGAGGUGUGGCUUCGCGGGAUGCGGGACAACAAGUUGCACUGCUUCAAAUCAAACGCCGCUGGAAAACUCACAAUCCAGACGGACGAUUCGACGCUCGCCGGCGAUAUCAUUCAGUCGCUCGCUAUGUAUCUGGGCGUCAGAGAGCUGACCUCGGAAGCUGUAUUUCCGGAGGAAGAGAACAGAAUGCUGGAAGCGUUGGAACGUGUGAAGGGUUUGAAGGAAGUUGAUGCGCGACUCCAGGCUGAGGCGGCGGGCAGCGCGACUCUCCUGAAGAACGUCGUGAUCCGCUUGGAGGACGCCAGAAUCCUCGGGAACAUCGAGGACAUGCGAAAACGACUGAUGCAAUUGAAGACCAUCAACGGCGAUCUGAUCCGGGAACACGAGAUUCGCGUCAACAGUCAUCGGGAACUCGCGGCCUGUCUGAAGGAACUGAACAUUGGCGUGCAGCGCGCAGCGAGACUCAGAGUCGGAAAAGCCGCGUCUAACGCGGUGGCUCGUUGCAGAGCGGCUAUACAGGACGAAAAUUCUAAAGCUCUUGCGCUCGCAAUCAGACACGGCUAAUAUCUUAUUUUUUAACACGUUGAUCGCUCAACAUAUGAUUGAGUAUGGUGACAACGGUUUAAUUGUUUUUCAUUUAUUUCUCCAAUAAAGUUGGAGCUGUUUAUUAUUAACAAAUGCUCGACAAUGAAGCCUCUGAAUUCUCUCGUUACUUUGCCUCUUAUUCGGAAACCAGUAAUUUUUAUAGCAGACAACUGUACAGAGUGAAUAAGCACUUGUGUACAAGUUUUGUAUAUUGUUACUAUCAAAUAUCUUUGUUUUUUACUCUUUGUUAAAUACUCUUGCAAAUUAUUUGUAAAAUCCCGCUAAUUAGGUGAAUGAAAUCGCCACCCAUAUUGGCAGGUGACGGACUCCGCUAACUUACCCGUAACCUACGUAAGUGAAUGACGCGGCAAUUAACGUGUUUAAGAGAUUAUCGUGCGCGUUAGAGAAAUACUCGUCGGAGAAUCUUUGUGUCCACAUUUUUACUAUCCUCUUAUAUUUUUGUGUUAUCUCUAUUAUUCACCUCGGUGCAA